UGAAGAAGAAAAAAGACACCGGCCGGUGAGGGUGUGUGGCAUGUAGUAGACCCGACAUCAGCCUUGCUGGGCAUGUUUUGCAUACACAAUCUCCGUCUGCCAUGCUGGGCUUGACAGCCAGCAUGCCUGCCUCUUCUCAGUCUUCCAUCCGUACCAACAACACCAAUACCAACCCCCUCUUAUGAUAUGUCAAAGUCUCUGCCUCGCCUCCACUUCGCCCCGGGCGGACGCACCGGCCGAUACGGAACCCAGGCCCGGGAACGCGGCGGCCUCGGGCCCCGAAAAAAAAAACCCCCCCCCGUUGGCGUUCUUCCCCAUUUUCCGGAAGGGCGCGCGCUCUUCUGGCCCGGGGCCCGUUGGGACGCAAUACGAUGGUAUACAUAUAUCUGCUUUCAUGCUUCAAACGCGCGCUCGUUCGCAACUCCGGCACCCGAUGCCAUUGACCAUUCGCUCCGACGGAAAGUCCCAAGGGGCCGUGGGCAAGGCAUCAAACCGAUGACCAUGCCUGGCCGUAACCACUGCAGGCGCGCGGCGUAGGAGGGCGGGC